AUGUGUGACCUCUGCGAAAAGGUCCGGGCUCUAGAUAACUCAUCUCGUCUGGCCCUAGGACCCGUUAAAGCUGCACUUGCACGCCUUCACAACAGAAGUGGGGCUUUGCUUGGUGAUUUCUGGCUAAGCAAGCAUGAUGGAAUCUUUGAGGUCAGACAAGCAGUGCGGGAGUUGCACAGAAAGAUGCCAGAUGCUGAGCUAGGAGAACUGAUGAGAGGGGUUGAUGAUGUGUUAGCGCAGUGCGCAGAGCAAGUGGCUGCACACAAGGAGAAGACUCAACUAGACAGACUGCAUGAACAGUGGCAGACAGAUUACGGUGAUGCACCUGCUAUGGAUCGCAACAUUUCAAAGGAUUCUGUUACGCCUAGCCAGAGCGUGAGUGCAAAGGUUAUGGGGUGGGAGAGACAAGUGGCUUCUGCAGAGAGGCAAAAUGCACAACAGGAAGCACACGCAGAAAAAGAACUUUCAGAUCACAAUGUCUCAGAAAAAUCAUCCCUCAUAGAUCCACCAGAAGCACGCAUCAAUUUAUCGAGUGGGAUUACAAACUUUUGGAUGCAAGAGUGCGAUGCUGUUGCGCGCCAAUACCACAACAACAACAUGGAAACUGUAUCUGUGGUUUCUGAGCUAGGAGGUGAUAGAAUUCAACGUCCAAAACUUGAUGUCCCAGCCUGGAAAAGACGAAAUGUGGCUCAGCUUCUUGGAUCACCGUCUCGCGUGGCAAGCAAACGAGAUUUCUCUCAUUCACACUCUCAAAACCGCCAACUCUACACCCAACAGGCACACGAAGGUUCAAUCGACCUUGACCUUGGAGCCGAGAUGCCGAACAGAGCAUCACCCAGUGGCAGGUACAAGCUGAUGGAUAGGUUUCUUUCGAUCUUGCACCUGAAGAAGAAAAACAAGGAGGGCAGAGAGCGACGAGUUGAGUUCGAAGACGCGCCAGAGCCAUCGAGCCACAAGGUUGAGAAGGAGGACGAAGGAAGUGAGGAGAGAAAGCGUGGUUCGGACCACCAACGGCAGAAAGAGAAACGCAAACAGCACUCGAUGGAUUCUCGCGCCAUGGACAAGAAUCUGAGAAUCGAAUAUACUGCCCAACAUUGCACGGAUUCUUCCAGACACAGAGCCAGACGCGAAGUUCCAAAGAUCGAGGUCACCGAAGAUCGAUACACAGAGGCUGAGCGCGAGGAACACGUCCCGAGGCGCAGAGUGAGGCGUGAGAAGGCAAAACCGCAACGGAGAGAUACAGAUAUCAAGGAGAAAAGACGUGAGCUACCACCAAUAAUCCACCAAGCUAGGCCAGAACCACAGGGCAGAGAUACAGAUAUCGAGGAGAAGAGGCGUGGUGUACCACCAGCAAUCCGCCAAGCUGAGACCAGCAAGACUCGAUCGAGGCCUAGCACCGCCGGCAACGCACGCCUCACGUCGAAGAACCUGAGACAGUACGACGAUGAGGGCAAUCAGCAACACGGUUCCAAGACCACCGAAUCACUCUGGGGUAGCCGGCAAUCAGCGAUCAACUUCGGAAGUAUCAUCAACCGACAUGAUUCACCUGAUUUUGAUAAUCCACCGACCCGACCCCCAGCGCGCUCUCAGCACGUCCAAUCUACACCAAUUGGCCCUCCACACAGACUCUCAUUGCCAACGGAUAGCCAAGCUCGAUCUCGAUAUCAAAUCUCAAGCGACACCCACCCAUCCGAGAUGACAGAAACCUCCAUAGCACUUUCGCGUCGCCAUGCCACUAGGCCUGCAUCGAUCCCUACCGCUGAUCCUCAAAUUCCAAGACGAGCAUCAGUGAGAGCUCCAGACUAUACCAACAUUCGUGAGAGACGCCGAGCCAAGCGAAGCGAGGUAGUACAAGCUCCUCCACCAGAGAUGGAUUUGCCUAUUGCCAGACAGCGUGCGGACCACCAGCGUGCUGUUUCAGAUGGUACCCGGGAGCAGAGAGCACGUCGUGAUUGUAGCUCUAGUAAAGUUGAUGGACACAUGGAUUCAAUGUUGUUAUACCUGUCGCUUAUCGUCGCCGGGGAAAAGUCGGCAGAUAUUGUCUUGGCGGGGCAGCUCGCGCGUGUUUCGCGACCCGAGACGCGGUCUAAAACUGCCCAAACCACCAGAAUGGGUAAACCAAAGGUAGCAUCCGCUACUCCAGCUCCCACAGCCAGAGCAACGCCCUCCUCCCAAAAGUCCAGCACUGCACCCCCUUCCGGCCAACGAUCGAUCAAUAGCUUCUUUGCGAAGAAGGCUCCGAAUUCCACACCCACCCCUCUAGCUUCUACCGCUGUGUUGAAGGACAAUGAAACUUCCAAUGCCGUCAAUGCCAUGGCCAAACCGAGUCUUCCGCCAAAGAAACCCGCCUUUCGGAACACUGCUGUCAAGAGCAUAACGCCGGUGCCCAGUAGUGAUGCUCCGGGCCCAUCGAGCUCGCAGGAGAAUGAGAACGGCGGGAUUCCAGCAGAGGUAGAGGUCCAUGGACUGCCAUCGCCUUCGACGUCUGCUAAGACAGUGCAGCAGGUCGCCAAGAGAGAUGCUCUGGCUCUGGGCAGUAGUCCUUCUCGGAAGGCGAAGAAGGUUGUCAGCUACGCCGAAUCGGACGACGACGACGACGAAGAUGAUGAGGACGCUUUCGACCCAGCCGUACUAUGUACAAAGAGGAAGAGGAAAUCAAUGCCAAAGGUAGAGGAAGAGGAGGACGAUGACUAUGAUGCGUUCAUUGGAGGUCUUGACGGUGCUAUCGAGGAUGAUGAAGAGAUGGACGAUUUCGUGGUAGACGACGAUUCAGAUGCACCCGUUAAGCCAUCCAAGAAGAGAAAACGCCCUGCUUCCACUCAAGUCUCUCGAAAGCGUUCAAACAUAUCACCUCCAGCAGCGUUCGACAAGGAGGAGGAGGAGGACGAAGACAUGGAGAUCCCACAGACUUCAACAGCUAGAAAAUGGGAAUAUGAUCCCGAAAACACCCAAUUAUUAAAUGAGAAGCCAGCCAGCACUCUCAAGACUCCGCUAUCGAACAAGAAGAAGACCAAGGAUAAGGCAUGCAAGAGUGAGCCAGAGCACCGUUACCCGUGGUUAGCCAAUCUACAGGACAUGGAUCGGAACCCAAUUGGACAUCCAGACUAUGACCCCAGAACUGUUUAUAUUCCUCCAGGGGCAUGGGCAAAGUUCUCGCCAUUCGAGACGCAAUACUGGGAGAUCAAACAGAAAUUCUGGGACACGGUUGUUUUCUUCAAGAAGGGAAAGUUCUACGAGCUAUACGAGAAUGAUGCUACCAUUGGUCACCAGCUAUUUGAUCUCAAGCUCACCGACAGAGUCAAUAUGCGAAUGGUCGGCGUUCCAGAAAUGUCCUUGGAUCACUGGGCAAAUCAAUUUGUGGCGAAGGGGUACAAGAUUGCUCGCGUUGACCAGUGCGAAUCUGCUCUUGGCAAAGAGAUGCGUGAAGCAGAGGGAAAGAGUACUGGGAAGAAAGUGGUCGUUAACAAGGCUGACAAGAUCAUUCGUCGGGAGCUGGCGUGUGUUCUUACAGGAGGGACCUUAGUUGAGGGUAGUAUGCUUCAAGACGACAUGGCGACAUUUUGCGUGGCGAUCAAGGAACAAAUGAUUGAUGACUUACCGUCCUAUGGAGUUGCUUUUGUCGACACCGCAACUGGCCAAUUCUUCCUUUCUGAGUUCGUGGACGACGUUGAUCUCACCAAAUUCGAGACUUUGAUUGCCCAAAUUCGACCACAGGAGCUAUUAUUGGAGAAGUCUCAUCUCUCUACCAAGGCACUUCGGAUCUUGAAAAACAACACCACUCCGACGACAAUCUGGAAUCACCUGAAGCCAAGUAGUGAAUUCUGGACUGCUGAAGUCACCAGACGUGAGCUGGGUUGUAAUGGAUACUUUGUCUCGGAAGAGGGGGGUAGUGAAAUCUGGCCAGAAGCUCUUGAGGCGGCUAAAAGUAGUGACGCCUUGAUGUCUGCUAUGGGAGCUCUAGUUCAAUAUCUGAGGACACUCAAGCUGGAACGGAAUCUCUUGAGCCAACAGAACUUCACCGCCUACAGUCCAAUCCAAAAAGGAACCACCCUGGUGCUGGACGGACAGACCCUCAUCAAUUUGGAGGUCUUUGCCAACACUUUCGAUGGAAGUAAAGCCGGUACUCUCUUCGCUCUUCUCAAUCGCUGCGUCACUCCGUUUGGCAAACGCAUGUUCAGACAGUGGGUGUGCCAUCCGCUGGCCGAUGCCGACAGAAUAAACGAACGUUUAGAUGCCGUGGACAUGCUCAACAAGGACCGGACUCUCAGUGAUCAAUUCGUUGCGUCAAUGUCAAGCAUGCCAGAUUUGGAGAGACUGAUAUCUAGAAUCCAUGCCGGAUCUUGUAGACCGGAUGACUUUGUCAAGGUUAUCGAUGGCUUUGAGCAAAUCGAAUACACAAUGGAGCUAUUGGAAAGAUCUGCAAAAGGAGGCAAGGGAAUUGUGGACCGUCUCAUCAAUGCCAUGCCCGACCUCACGGGGCCAAUAAAAUUCUGGAAGACGGCGUUCGAUCAUCAGAAGGCCAAAGAAUCGAGAAUCCUGGUGCCUGAACGAGGAGUGGAGGAAGAAUUCGAUGAAAGUCAAGACCGUAUCGAAGAGAUUGAGGGAGAGUUGGAAGAUCUUUUAAAGCGUAAGCGGAAGGAGCUCGGUGGGAGCCAAAAGAUAAACUUCAAGAACAUUGGAAAGGAAGUCUACCAGCUCGAAGUCCCUGCUUCUAUCAAGGUCCCCAAGGACUGGCAAAUGAUGUCUUCUGCGGCGGCAUUUAAGCGGUAUUACUUCCCAGAGUUGAAGACCCUCAUUCGCCAACUGCAAGAGGCACAGGAGACCCACGGCCAGAUUGUGAAAGUGGUCGCUCGAAAACUGUAUGCACGUUUUGACGAGGACUACAGUCUCUGGCUGCCAGCUGUCAGAACUGUUUCCCAUCUUGACUGUCUUAUUAGUCUGGCCGCCGCAUCAGCAGCUCUUGGUGAGCCAAGCUGUAGACCAACCUUUGUCGAGUCCGAACGAAGCGUGAUCGAGUUCGAGGAGCUUCGUCAUCCUUGUAUGCUGCCCAAUGUCACGGACUUCAUCCCCAACGAUGUGAAGCUCGGUGGAGAUGCGGCGAACAUCAAUCUGUUGACUGGGGCCAACGCGGCUGGAAAGUCAACAAUUUUGCGAAUGACUUGCGUCGCAGUAAUCAUGGCCCAAAUCGGCUGUUACGUCCCGUGCAUCUCAGCAACUCUCACCCCCGUCGAUCGCAUCAUGUCCCGCCUCGGCGCCAACGACAACAUAUUCGCAGCUCAAUCCACCUUUUUCGUCGAGCUCUCCGAAACCAAGAAGAUCCUUGCCGAAGCCACCCCCCGCUCUCUCGUCAUCCUCGACGAGCUCGGCCGCGGCACAUCUUCCUACGACGGCGUAGCCGUGGCGCAAUCCGUGCUCCAUCAUGUCGCGACGCACGUCGGCUGCACCGGCUUCUUCGCCACGCAUUACCAUUCCCUGGCCACCGAAUUCGCUGGACACCCAGAAAUCGCACCGAAGCGUAUGCAGAUCCACGUCGACGAGGGUAACCGCCGCGUCACGUUCCUGUAUAGACUUGAGGACGGGGUUGCAGAAGGCAGUUUUGGGAUGCAUUGCGCGGCCAUGUGCGGGAUUCCUGCAAAGGUGAUUGAUCGGGCCGAGGUGGCGGCUAAGGAAUGGGAGCAUACGAGCCGGCUGAAGGAUAGUCUAGAGAAAGCGAAGAGCGGUUGUUAUAUCCCGCUGGGCGUGCAGAGUGAUGUCAGCUGGAUCUUGAGGCAGGCAGUGGGCGAGGAUGUGGAAGAUGGGGUUGGUGAGAGGGGUUUGGAGGUGCUCAUGAAGGCUAUCGCUGGGCUGUAG